AUGUCUUCUAUGACUUGUUACAAUUGUAACAGGAAAGGCCACAUAGCUAGAUAUUGCCCUCAACCUCGUCAACAACUAAGAGGAACUGAUAGAAGACCUCGUUAUGAUAAUACAAGAGAU